AUGAGUUAGUAUGAUCAUUAAAAAGACUAAUAGCAGCAGAUGAAUCAAUAUCCUUUUUACAAGCAUAAUGCUUAAGUUAGCUAUUAAAACAAAGAGCUUAAUAAAUAUUAAUAGGGUUAUCAAAAUUAAUAUGAAAUACCCUAAAGAGAAGAAAUAGAUGACAUAGACAUUUAUGAUAACAAUCUGAACUAAGAUAGGAAUGCUUUUCAGAUUGUAAGCAAUAUAUCUGGCUAACUUAUAGAUUAGGAAUUUAUUGAAGAUUACAAUGAAGAUAAUUAUGUAAAUAUACUUGAUUAAUGCAUAGACAAUAUUACAGAUAAAUAAGAUUAUUAUGAAAUCCAAAUCUCUGAAAAUAGUUAAGAAAACUACUUAAAUUAAAAAAAUAUAGGACAUGUGAAUCAAUAGUUGAAAUAAAACAUGAAUAAUGAAGAAUAUUAAAAUGGUUUAGGUUAUUAGUGUUAUUUAAAUACAGAAGAAAAAGCAGCAACUGCAUAAAUAGGAGGUACUAGAGCGUAAAGCUAGAUUUUAUUUUUAGAUUAAGAAAACUUAAGCUAAUAGCAGCAUUCGGUUAAUCAAAACAAUAAGUUGCCCAAUAAUAUUACAAAAAGGCCAAAUUUAAAUAGUCCUCCUUCUUUAACUAGUUGGUGUGAAAAUAAUGUUGUUAGCAAUGAUUUAAAUGUUUGCAGUUCAAAAAAUUUUAACUUAUAAAAAAGUAUAUAAAAUGAAAAAGUUUACAGUAGUUUAAGACAAUAAAAUGGAAAUAUCCAAAAAGAAAAUUAGCAGUAAUUAUAUUAGUAGAAUGUAAAGCAGGAAGAUAACUUUCUAAACGAGCAAAGCCUAAAGAUUGGAGGAUCUAUUUUACCUAACUCAAAUUUAUUGUCUAAUUGUAAAAUUGACAGUUUGGAAAUUUAAAAUGGUUAGAUUAGCAAUAGAAAUGCUGCAAGUUAAGAUUAUUUAGAAGGCUCUUCAUUUAUGCCAAAGCUUAAUAUAUAAAUUGUGAAAUAACACAAUAUACCUUCAAACAAAUCUUAAUAGAACUAAAACUGUUAACAGGUUCAUCAUUAAAAUGCUUACUCUAACAAAUUUAUUUUAGAUGACUAAGCAUAAUGCUAAAUUUGUUAGAAUUCACAUAAAAUAUACUACACUAGCGCAUAAAUAGUUAGUAGACUUUAUACCAAAUAUGCAUCUUCUUAGAAUUAUUAUUAUACGAGAGAUUUAAAUGAAAUCUUAAAUAAUUUUAGAACAAAAGCUGCAAUAUAAUACAAAGAUAUGACUAUGUAUGAUGAAGAAGCAGAGUACCUUAAAAGAUAUUACAAUAUUUCAGAAUACCCAAAGAAAUCUAAACUUUUAACUGAAUAUUAUAAGUUUCACAAGGAUAUUCCACGACUAUUUAUGCUCCCUGAAACUUAUAUUUUAAAUAAUUUCCAUGAUAAAAAGAGGCGCUUUGAUUAUUACAGGAUAGCUUAACUAAUUGAGGAGGAGAAUAAAAAAAAUCCAGAUCGCCCUCCAAAAGGAAUAGUAGGUGAAAAACCCCCUCUUAGAACAAAUGAAAGCUCAGAAGAUAAAUAGGAAUAAAUAUAACAAUAGUAAAAAGAAACAGAAUAAUCUCAUGAAUUACUGUUAGGUGAAAUUAGCAGCUUUAUUAAUAGAGGCUCAUGUAGGGAUGACUAAAUAAUAAUUGAAUAAGAUUUGAUUGCUAAUAGUAAUACAGAAGAUUUAGAAUUAACAGAUAGAUUUGUUUAAUACUUAAAUUUCUAAAGAUCAAACUGUGGUCCUAUUAAUUCAGUUUCAUCUCUGAAUAGUUUAAAGAUAAAUCAAGGUUAAAAAAAUAAUAAUAAUUCAAGAGAGGAAAAAUCUUAAAAAAACUUAUAAGCUAGCUAAUUAUAAAACCAAAAAGGUAAAUAAAUUUUUAUAUCACAAUAUUCUCAGCAAUAGCCUCAAGGUUCUUCGUCUUAAUUAUAGUAAUACGAGAUUUCUGCUAAUGCAUUUCUUAACUAUUAAAAAAAAUUAGAACAAUACAAAAAUAGCUAAAAGAAGGAAAAUGAAUAAAUGAACAAUGCUAAGUAAAGUAUUCCAAGUCAAAGUAAUACAAAGCAGUAAAUACUUUCUAGCUAACAGUAAAUGAUUUAAGAAAAAAGCAAAAAAAAGACAGCUCGCACUGAUGCAUCAUUAACCAUUCAUGAAUUGAAUCAAAAAUUAGAGGAAAUAGUUACAAGUCACUCACUCAUUAGCAGUCACAUUGUAGAAGAUGAAUCUAGAUAAUAAUUUGAUUAUCGAGAAUUAGAUCAGUUUCUUAAAUUUUUAAAUUAAAAGGAGAAAGAAAAUUAAUUUACAAUCAAUCCUCAUAAGAUUUAAUUAAACUUCUAAUCUCCAAAUUAACAAUAAAAUCUUCAAACUUUAUCUUCAAAUGAUUUUUAGAAGUAAGCAGGAACCAAAGACAUUUAGUCUCUAUUGAACUCUAAAGAUAUUAAUUUAGCUAAUAAAAAUAUCUAAAUAAAUAACAAAAAUGAAAAAAAGAGUAACCCAAAUAUUUAAAAUAUGUAGACCCAGCAAUUGUUACUCCAAUAAGCAAUUUAACACAAUAAGUAAAAUAUUUAAUAGAAUCCUUAAAUUUUAAAUGAUACAUCUCGCAAUAAUUUUAAUGUCUCCAAUAAUUCCAAUAAUUAGUAAUAAAUCAUCUAAAAUCAGUUAGCAUAGUUACAGCAAAAUUCAACUAGCACUUAAAAAAAAAUGAAAGUAAAGCCUUCUAAAAGCGAGAUAAUAAAUAUAGAAUAAUUUAAAAAUAAUAAUGUAUUAAGUAAUAAUGAAAUGUAAAUUUUAGCUUUAAAUGAAAUGAAUUUAGAUAAUUACAUGCAUUAGCAAUAACAAAACUAAUAAAUUUAAUGCUAACAAGUAGCCAAUUACUUGAAAAACAACAGUUAAAUCAAUCAAAACUAGUCUAAAAAAAGAUUAACUCCUCAGCUGAGAUUAGAUGAUAUUGAGUAUUUUAAUGAUAAUAAAUUAGUAGUAGGAAAAUCUUCCAACUAACAUUAGCAUUCAGGUUCGGUUUCUGUAAAAUUUUCUCAUAGAGACUAACUAAAUUCUUAAUAAACUUAAAAUUGUAUAAGAUCAGCUAGAGAUUAAUAUCCAACUACUACAACUAAUAAAUUUAAUCUCAAUAUAAAAAGUAGCUGUGAUAGUAAACUGGGUGGCUUUUAAAUACAGCAAAGUAGUUAAACAACUAAAUCUAGCUGUUAAUCACAAUUUUAGAUACCUACUAAUAGCUAAGUUCAUAAAGACUCAUUAAUUAGCUCAUCUAUAAGCAAAUAAUAAUAAGGUUAAUACAAUUUUAAUUAGUAAACUUAAUUCUAAUAGGCAACAAAUACUACAAAAAAUAAUUUCCCAAAUUCUAUAUCAUCAAUUUCAGUUGCUAAUAAAUUAGACACAAAGGAAUCAUAGUUAUUUACUCCUCGCUAACCCCAAAUUUAACCAAGUAUUAUAGCAACUUCUAUAUAAAAAAAUCUUAGUAAAGGCAGCUAAACUUUACCAAAUAAACCGCCACUAUCGCCAAGAGACUCAUUGCCUAGCCCAAAAAAUUCAAAUUAAAUUUAAAAUGAAAAUAUAAUAAAUAGCGUCAACAAUCAAAAUAUUUAAAGCUAAGAUAUACUCUAAUAAAAUUAAAUGAAUUCCAUUUUUAAUUAGGUUUCUUUGGACUAACAAAAUCUAAUUUGCAAGAGUUUUUCAACAAAAAAUAGUGCAGCUGCAAAAAAGAAAUAACAAAAUUAGCAGAUUUAUUAGUAGAGCAUUCAACAACAAUAUGUUCAUAAUAAUUCUAACUCUAAUUAAGGAAAUAAUAAUAGUAUAACAGCUAAUAAUCAAGUGAGUUAGAGUUUACCAUAAGGUUCUUUUUUAAAUCAAUAACAAAGUGUAUCUUCCAGCUAACUAAUGUUAAAGAAAGGCAAUAUGAAACACUUAAAUCUUAAGUUGAAAUUAGAUCAGCUAAAUUUCUCAAAAGAAAAAACCUGUCACAAUGAUAAUAUAAGCACAAAUCAAAUAAUAAAAGAACCCCUUUCAUAGAGAAGCUGUUCAAGCAAGAAUAUAGAUUUGCAAACUCCCAAAUAUAAUCUUUAUGAAAUGUUUAAACAACAAAUCAGCAACUAGGCUUAUGCAUCUGCAAUUUUAAAAUCUGAUCCAGUUUCUUAAAAGCAAUAAAAUAACAAAAAUAUAAACUCUCAAUCUUCUUAGAUAACUAAUUAAAAUCAAGCAAUUUCUCAACAACAAAAGAAUGUAGCCUUUUAGUCUGAAUUUUAAAAUUAAAAUCCUGCAAGCAAAUAAGAUACAAAUAAAAAUUAAUUCUCUUCAGUACAUACACUGAGUUAAAACGAGUAAAAUAAAUAGUAAAAGCAGUAAAUAUAAAAUUAUAUUAAUUAAAAUUAAUACCAACCCUUUCUGCUAUCUCCAUAGUAGUAAAAGACUACACUAGAAAGUUUUACUUAAUAGUCACCAACAUAAUAAUCAAAUAAUAUUGUUAAGGUUUUAUUAAAUUUCAACAAUCCUUAAAUAAAUAAUUUAGUUUAAUCUUAAUAGUCAGGAUAAACAGUUAUGGUUUAGCAACAAAAUAGCAAUAACAAUUCAUCUAAUCUAAAUACUAAUGUUAAUACAAUUAAUAGUAAUAGCAAUAACUAAAAUGCAGGAGGAGCAGCAAGGACAGCUACAAAUAGCACUAAUAGAAAAAGUGGGGCAACUUUUAUUCAUAUUAAUAGUAGUGGAAAUAACAUUCAAAUUAAUUCCCCAAAAUAAUAACUUGAAUAGCAGAAAAAAGUAAUUAGCUAACAAACAACAAGAAGCGAGGCUAAUACCAGAAAGAAUUCUUAAGUAAAAACUGCCAUUGAGAAAUCACAUCACUCUACAGCCACUAAUUCUAAUGCUGCUAUUCCAGUUACAAAUUCGAUGAAUGUGAACAGUAAGCACGUUUCAAGAAAUUCAUCACUUGAGAUUAAUAACAAUCCAAAUGUUUUGCGUAAAAAAUCUCCUUAACUGUUUAAAUAUCAAUAAAAAGAAACAAAAAAUGUUUAUAAUCUAGUACAGCAACUUUCAAAUAACUUAACAUAAUCUACACCAAAAUAAACGGUAUCUGCUCGCAACUAUCAAACAUAACGCAAUUCAAUUAACAAUUUCGAUUUUUAAAAGCCAGAAAUAACUUCACACGGUUCACAAAAUUAAUUAUCUAUUAUAUAAUAAUCAACAUUUGUUUAAUCACCAAGCUAUAAUAAUUCUGUAAAUACCAAUAUAAACCAACAACUAGCACAGGGCAAAUAGCAAUUAGGUCAAUUUUUUGAUUCUGAAAAUGCUUCAGAAUAGUUAAUAUAAUUGCAAUAAAAUACUCCAGCAAAUAAUAAUUUCAUUUAAAAUACUUUAAAAAAUAAUAAUAUUCAGGGUGCUUAAAUUACAAAUAGUAAUUAAUUAUAGUUCCUAACCCCAAAUGCAUCAAACUUAUCUCAAUCUGUUGUGUAGUAAAUUCCUUAAUAUUAAAACUAAAACUAAAAAGUUUUAAGUUAAAAUUUAUUGUAAUUUAACACAAAUAGUGUGGCCUCUAAUGUAUAGCAACCAGUUUAAUAGCCAAAGAUGAUAUAAUCAACGAUAAAUAGUUCAAAUUUAUAAGCACAAAAAGUAAGCUCUCCUUAAAUUAAGAAAGUAGCAAAUAUGCAUAAGCAUACUAAAUCUGAAAAUCUUAUGAACCUAAUAAUAGAAACUAACACUCAAAGCUUGAAUCAGCAACAAAGCUAAAUACCUCAGACUCCUUCAAAUCAGAUGAUUUCACCAAAUGCAUAAUCAGCAACAUAGGCCAACACAAUAAAAAAAGGUCAUAAAAAUUAAAUUCAAGCUCUCUCGCUAAUGAAUAACCCAAUAAUUCCUAAUAGUGCUAUUUUAGCAGGCUCUCAGUCAAUAUAAACACCUUCUUCAGCAAAUUAUCAAUAGCAAUUUCAAAAUCAUAAUUAGUAUUAAUAGUAAUAUUAAUCGAUUAGUUCUUCACAAUUAUCCCCAAGAGUUGUGCUAAAUUAAAACUUUUAGCCAUUUAAUGAAAAGAUGUAGAAUAGCUAGUAGUAACAAUAACAAUAACAGUUGACAAUAAACUAGUAAUCAACAAAUAAUAAUAAAAAUAGCAAUAAUAAUUAAUUUUUAAAUAAGAAAUAAUCAUUAGCGUCGCCACUAAGCUCAAGAAGUACUCAAAUGAAUUUUUAAGUUGAAUUAUUUAGGUCUACUAAUAAUAGCACAAAUAAUAACAAUAGUAACACCAAUAACACAAACAGUCAGCAUAAUAAUUAUCCAAAUAGUGGAGUUAAUAAUAAUAGCAGUAGUAUGAAUAGUUAGCUUAAUAACAAUAAUAACAUUAAUAAUAACAGUAAUAACAGCACAACUUAAUAGGUCAACUCAAGUUUGAAUGCAAAUAACAAUUACCCAGCAGGUAGCACAUGCGCAAAUACAAAUACAAAUACUAAUACUUUUAAUUAACUUAAUUAAGUAGGUUUUUCUUAGUCUAACAAUGGUGGUUGUAAUCCUUAACAGUUAGCAAAUAGUAUUCUCUAACAAAAUAACAUUUAGAAAAAAGGUAGUUUUGUAUAAAGUUAAAUAAACGGAUUUUUUAGCAUGUCAUCUAAUAACGCCAAGUAGAACCCUACAACAAGCACUGUAACUACUUGUAACAGUAACACAAAUAUUAUUUCAAAUAAUUUGCUAAAAACUACAUAAGACAACUCUCUACAAGCUGCCAAUAUUAACAAAAAAACAAAAAAAAAAUCUAUGUUUUGA